AUGGUUCCAAAAAAGAGCUCGAGGAAUGAACAACCAAACUCACCAAAAUGCACAAAGAAACUUGAAUUGGCAGGGAUGGCAAAUUCUGUUUCCAGCAGCAUCAGCAAUAAAGGACUAUGUGGACCCCCGUUAGGGCCAUGCAUACCCUCUCCACCUUCUACCCCCAAAUCCAAUGGGAAGAAAUUUAGCAUUCUAUACAUUGUAUUGAUUGUGCUGCUAAUGCUAGCAGCCAUUGCUUUUGCUUUCCUUUUGGUUUCCCGAAAAAAAUGUAAAAGUCGAAUACAGAGGACAGCAUCAUCACCAGAGGAGAACUCCAACAAAAUGGUGGCUUCUUAUUAUAGAGAUGUACAUCGUGAAUUGUCAGAGACUAGUUCUCAUGCAAAGAAGGCUGAUCAUGGAAAGUUGACAUUCCUGAAGGAUGACAUUGAGAAGUUUGAUUUGCAAGACUUGCUUACAGCCUCAGCAGAAGUUUUGGGGAGUGGGACAUUUGGAUCUUCAUAUAAGGCAGUUGUCGUUGGACAACCUGUGGUUGUUAAGAGGUAUCGGCAUAUGAGCAAUGUGGGGAGAGAAGAGUUCCAUGAGCACAUGAGAAGGUUAGGGAGGUUGAAACAUCCCAACUUGCUGCCUCUUGCGGCAUAUUACAAUAGGAGGGAUGAGAAGCAUUUGGUUACAGAGUUCGCUGAGAAUGGUAGCCUGGCUAGUCACCUUCAUGGAAAUCAUUCACCGGAAGAAGAUGGACUUCAUUGGCACAUCCGCUUGAAAAUCGUCAAAGGAGUAGCCAGGGGUUUGGCUUUUCUCUACAAUGAGCUUCCUAUAAUUGCUCCUCAUGGACACCUAAAAUCUUCCAACGUGCUCCUAGACGAGUCGUUCGAGCCUCUCUUGACAGAUUAUGCUCUAAGACCCGUGGUCAACCCUGAACAUGCCCACAUGUUCAUGAUGGCUUACAAGUCACCUGAGUAUGCACAACAAAGCCGGACAUCAAACAAGACAGAUAUAUGGAGUUUUGGCAUUUUAAUACUGGAGAUGUUAACUGGCAAGUUCCCUGAGAACUAUCUAACACCAUGUUAUAACAGUGAUGCAGACUUAGCAACUUCGGUUAAUAACAUGGUGAAGGAAAAGCGAACAAGUGAAGUGUUUGAUAAGGAAAUAGUGGGAACAAAAUAUAGCAAGGGAGAAAUGAUAAAGCUUUUGAAGAUUGGAUUAAGUUGCUGUGAAGAGGAUGUAGAGAGAAGGUUGGACAUUAAGGAAGUUGUCGAGAAGAUUGAUGUACUGAAAGAAGGAGACGAAGAUGAAGAACUUUACGGGAGUGAAGGGAAUGCAUAUAGUGUUAGAGGGAAUGACCAGGAAGGAUAUUCCUUCACAGUGGAUCGAUGAUUGUCGGAGGAGCAUGAAGUAAAAGGCAUAUAGAACAAUAUCACAAGGGAUGACAGGUUUCCUGACUCCCACACAGUGAAGAACAACAUGAAGAGUGGAGUGAUCUGUUAUGAGGGUUAGCUUUCUCUGUUAACUGUAGAAAAUGUUGUAAAGCAACAAUGGGGGUUCAUUAGCUGAUAGAAUUUUAAUUUUAUGUUUUUGGGUUUUAGAGGGAAAGAGGAAAAAAGGAAACCUGUAAGAAUAUUUUUUCUUCUUCCAUUCAAAUCAUUUUGGUCAUCAUUUGUGUUAUCUCCCCCGCAUGAAAAGUAAUACUAAUAGGUGGUACGCCUGA